AUGACGGCCGCCGCGGCUGGAGACAGGUUCGUGCGCCUGCCGCUCCUUCUGCUGCCCAUCCUGGGACUCUGCGGAGCUCUGCCCGGUCACUGGCUCCCCGGGACGUACCCCAACACUGUGGCGGGAGUCCAGGCGUUUCUCGACGGCUACAACAGCACCGCAGAGGAGGUGCUUUACCACAGCGUGACCGCGUCCUGGAACUACAACACCAACUUGACAGCGCACAACUCGGAGCUACAGGUCCAAGCCUCUCUGGACGAGCAGGCCUUCAGUGAAGCCUGGGGUUUUAAAGCCAAGACCUCAUUUACGGAUGAAGUUCUGGCGUCUCUUCCGGACAAACAAGACCGGACGUUAUUUGACAAGAUCAAAGUCCUGGGAGCUGCCAACCUGCCUGACCGAGAACGCAAGGAGUACAACACCAUCCUGAGCACCAUGGACAGUAUUUACUCCACAGCGAAGGUGCAUCCCAACGAGAACACCAGCUGGAGCCUGGAGCCAGAGCUGACAGAAAUCAUGGCCACUUCCAGAAGCUACAAGAAGCUCCUGUACACCUGGGAGGGCUGGCACAACGCAUCCGGGGUCCCCCUGAAGAAAGAGUACCCGCGAUUUGUGGAACUCAGCAACCAGGGCUCUGCAGCUGAUGGAUUUGCCGACACGGGGGAGUAUUGGAGGUCUUGGUACGAGAGCGAGACCUUUGAGAAGGAUCUGAGGGACCUGUACAAGACCGUGGAGCCCCUGUACCUCAAUCUGCAUGCCUUUGUGCGGAGGAAGCUUUACGACCAGUACGGCCCCAAGUACAUCAACCUAAAGGGGCCCAUUCCAGCUCAUCUGCUAGGAAACAUGUGGUCUCAAACAUGGAACAACGUCUACGGCCUGAUGAUCCCGUUUCCGGACAAACCCAACCUGGACGUGACCCAUGAGAUGGAGAGACAGGGCUAUAACGCCACACACAUGUUCCGAGUGGCAGAGGACUUCUUCACGUCUCUGGGACUGGAGCCGAUGCCGCAGGAGUUCUGGGACGGGUCCAUGUUGGUGAAGCCUGAGGGCCGAGAGGUGGUGUGCCACGCCUCGGCCUGGGACUUCUACAACCGCAAAGACUUCAGGAUAAAGCAGUGCACCACCGUGACCAUGGAGCAGCUGUUCACGGUGCACCAUGAGAUGGGCCAUGUGCAGUACUACCUGCAGUACAAAGACCUGCCUGUAGGGUUCAGGCGCGGGGCCAACCCGGGCUUCCACGAGGCCAUCGGGGACGUGCUGUCCCUGUCUGUGUCCACCCCCAAACACCUGCACACCAUCGGGCUGCUGGCCUCCGGAGAGUCUGACCCAGAAACAGACAUAAAUUACUUACUGAAGAUGGCGUUGGAGAAAAUAGCGUUCCUUCCGUUUGGAUACCUCAUCGACCAGUGGAGGUGGGACGUGUUCAACGGGAACACGCCGGAGGAGAGAUACAACUCUGACUGGUGGUACCUGAGAACCAAAUACCAAGGCAUCUGCCCGGGCACCAGGCGCACUGAGGAGCACUUUGAUGCCGGCGCUAAAUACCACGUCCCUGGAAACACACCGUACAUCAGGUACUUCGUGAGCUUCAUUCUGCAGUUCCAAUUCCACGAAAAACUUUGCCAAGCUGCGAAUCACACAGGCCCACUGCACACCUGCGACAUCUAUAAGUCCAAAGAAGCUGGAGCCAUUAUGAAGAAAGUCCUGCAGGCCGGAUCGUCCAAGCACUGGGAGGAGGUUCUUCUGGACGCUUUAGGCACCAGAAAAAUGAACUCUUCGUCGCUCAUCCAGUACUUCCAGCCCGUCCUCACGUGGCUGCAGGACCAGAACAAGGCCCAAGACGAGACCCUCGGGUGGCCAGACUUCACCUGGACCCCCCCAGUCCCUGAAGGAUACCCUGAGGACAUUGACAAGGAGACGGAUGAGGCUCAGGCUAGGAAGUUCCUGCAUGAGUACAACAGCACCGCAGAGACUGUGUGGAACGCCUACACUGAAGCCUCCUGGGCCUACAACACCGACAUCAACGAGGCCAACAAGCAGGCCAUGCUGCAGAAGAACCUGGAGAUGUCGGCGCACACGCUGGAGUACGGGAAGAAGGCGCGUCAGUUCGACACCACAGACUUCCAGGAUCAACGAGUGAAACGCAUCAUGAACAAACUCAGUGACAUCGAGAGAGCGGCGCUGUCCCAGGCCGAGCUGGAGGAGUACAACAACCUGCUGUCCACCAUGGAGACCAAGUACAGCGUGGCGGAGGUGUGUCGAGCCGACGGGAGGUGCCACCCCCUGGACCCAGAUCUGCAGAUGAUCAUGGCCGAGUCCAGAGACUACGACGAGCUGCUGUUUGCCUGGAAAGGAUGGAGAGAUGCCGCCGGGAAAGUCAUCCGCAAUGACUACUAUAGAUAUGUGGAGCUGGCCAACAAGGCCGCCACACUCAACGGUCACAGCGAUAACGGGGCUUUCUGGCGCUCUCUGUACGAAACUCCCACUUUUGAGCAAGACCUGGAGCAGCUGUGGAAGGAGCUGGAGCCGCUCUAUCACAACGUGCACGCCUACGUCCGCCGUGCGCUCUACAAGAAGUACGGGGCCUCGCGCAUCAACCUCCGAGGACCCAUCCCUGCGCAUCUCCUGGGGAACAUGUGGGCGCAGACGUGGUCAGGGAUCAUGGACCUGGUGAUGCCCUUCCCAGAUGCCACACAGGUCGAUGCCACUCCGGCUAUGGUUGCCAAGAAAUGGGACGCGCUCAGAAUGUUCCAGGAGUCGGAUAAGUUCUUCACGUCUCUGGGUCUGAAGGAGAUGCCGCCGGAGUUCUGGGCCAGGUCCAUGCUGGAGAAACCUUCUGAUCGCAAAGUGGUGUGUCACGCCUCAGCCUGGGACUUCUACAACAGAAAAGACUUUAGGAUCAAACAGUGCACGGUGGUUACCAUGGACGACCUGAUCACCGUGCACCAUGAGAUGGGCCACGUGCAGUACUUCCUGCAGUACAAGGACCAGCCGGUGUCUUUCCGCGACGGAGCCAACCCGGGCUUCCACGAGGCCAUCGGGGACGUGCUGGCCCUGUCCGUGUCCACCCCCAAGCACCUCCAGAGCAUCGGGCUCCUGGACAAAGUGGAGAACAAUCCCGAGAGUGACAUCAACUUCCUGAUGAACAUGGCGCUGGAUAAGAUCGCCUUCCUGCCGUUCGGAUACCUCAUGGACCAGUGGCGGUGGAAAGUGUUCGACCGACGCAUCCCGCCCUCAGAGUACAACAAAGAGUGGUGGAACCUCAGGAUGAAGUACCAGGGCCUGUGUCCCCCGGUCUCCCGCAACGAGAGCGACUUUGACCCGGGUGCAAAGUUCCACAUCCCGGCCAACGUGCCCUAUGUCCGGUACUUCGUCAGCUUCGUGAUCCAGUUCCAGUUCCACAAAGCUCUGUGUGACGCGGCCAAACACAGCGGUCCGCUGCACACGUGUGACAUUUACCAGUCUAAAGAGGCAGGGAAGCUCAUGGGUGACGUGAUGAAGCUGGGCUUCAGUAAACCGUGGCCUGAGGCCAUGGCCAUGGUCACCGGUCAGCCCAAGAUGAGUGCGCUGCCGCUCAUGCAGUACUUCCAGCCUCUGAUCACGUGGCUCGAGGCGGAGAACGCCAAGAACGGGGAGGUUCUGGGAUGGCCCGACUACGACUGGAGACCUGACAUGGCGACAGGCGGCGGCGGCGGCGGGACGGUGGACUUCCUGGGCAUGAGCCUGGACAGCGCUGCAGCCGCGGCCGGACAGUGGGUCCUGCUGGUCCUGGGCCUGGUUCUCCUCGUGGCCACUAUCAUUUUAGCUUAUCAAUAUAGAAAAUCUAAAAAGCCUGAGAAGUCCAUAUCCACUCUGGAGCUCAAGCCCACGUCAUAG